AUGGCAAGUGGCGUCAAUGUCUCUGCCGCCGUCGCAACUGCCGCGCAUCGUGUCGUCACUGUCGCCGCCAUCCAGUUUCAAUGCGGUGCAGAUGUAGAAUCCAACUGCCGCAAGGCAGAGGCCCUUAUCCGCGAUGCCGCUCGCAAGGGUGCUAACAUCAUCCUUCUCCAGGAACUCUUCGCGAGCCUUUACUUUCCUAUUGACCAGAUGGAUUGCAUGCGUCUCGCCGUCUCUAUCGAGGAUGACAAGUCGUAUAUCCUUCGGUUUCAGACACUUGCAAGAGAUUUGAGCGUCGUGCUGCCCAUAAGUUUUUUCGAGAGGUCCAAGUAUGUUUGUCCUUUAUUCUUCCCGUCUCGGUUUUGCUUCUUAUCAGGUGUUUAUGACCUGUGUCACUAA